AUGCCAAAUGCGUACUCCACUUUCCACUUCACAAUGCCACUAACCAACCCUCUCCUCCUCCUCCUCCUCCUCCUCAUCUCUUUCACCACCCUCACCACCUCCGAACUACAGGAAACAACCUACCUUCUCCCACCAGACGCAGUUUCCAUUCUCUCUUUCAAAUCCAAAGCUGACUUAGACAAUAAACUCUUCUACACACUCAACGAACGUUUUGACUAUUGCCAAUGGCAAGGCAUCAAAUGCGCUCAAGGCCGUGUUGUCCGUGUUGUCCUUCAAGGUUUCGGUCUGCGUGGCACUUUCCCUCCCUCCACUCUUUCCCGGCUCGACCAACUUCGUGUCCUUUCUCUCCAAAACAACUCCCUCUCCGGCCCCAUCCCUGACUUGUCCCCACUUUUUAACUUAAAAUCUCUCUUUCUAAACCAUAACUCUUUCUCCGGUUCUUUCCCUCCUUCCAUUUUAUCGCUUCAUAGAUUAACAAUUCUUGAUCUUUCAUACAACAAUCUCACCAGAGCGAUUCCGGUAAAUUUAUCUUCUUUAGGCCGAUUAAGUUCGCUUCAACUCGAGUUUAAUCAGUUUAACGGGACAGUUCCUUCGUUAGACCUCGGACUUCUUGUUUUCUUUAAUGUGUCUGGUAAUGACCUUACUGGCUCGAUUCCUGUGACCCCUACAUUGUCACGUUUUGGCACUUCCUCUUUCUCCUUAAAUCCUCAUCUUUGUGGAGAGAUUGUUAAUAAGGCAUGUAAGCCAGGGUCUCCAUUCUUUGACUCAUCGGCCUCUCCAAAUGCUAGCUCGCCCGCAGCGGUACCGUUCGGACAAAGCGCUCAAGCUGAAGGUGGGGUUGUAGUAUCUCUAACUCCGCCUUCGAAGCAGAAGCAUAAUAGAAGUAGUGUUGUUUUAGGAUUUACUAUUGGGGUUUCGGUUUUAGUACUCUCUUUGCUGUGCCUUGUUUUGGUUUUGGUCAAGAAACAGAAGAAAGAAAGACAAGUUGAAGAGAAAGAAAAAGUGAUGACCUGUGCGGCGGCUUCUCCGGUGAGGAUACAUUCGAAUCCUGCAAUGCAAAGUCAAGUUGGAGAGAAGGGUCAUGAGAUUAUAAAUACGAAGGCGAAGGAAGGGCUGGUUCAACAAGUGAGGAGAGCAGAGAAGAGUGGGAGUUUAGUGUUUUGUGGAGGGAAAGCACAUUUUUAUGCAUUAGAGCAGUUAAUGAGAGCAUCUGCUGAGUUGCUGGGAAGGGGUACGAUUGGAACUACUUAUAAAGCUGUUCUUGAUAAUCAGUUGAUUGUUACAGUGAAAAGGCUUGAUGCUAGUAAGACUGCAGUUACUAGUAGUGAUGUGUUUGAGAGGCAUAUGGAUGUUGUGGGUGAACUUAGACACCCAAAUUUGGUCCCAAUAGCUGCUUAUUUCCAGGCUAAAGGAGAAAGGCUUGUUAUCUUUGAUUAUCAACCCAAUGGCAGCCUCUUCAAUCUCAUUCAUGGUUCAAGAUCAAUAAGGGCAAAGCCACUUCAUUGGACAUCGUGCUUAAAGAUAGCAGAAGAUGUGGCACAGGGUCUUGCCUACAUCCACCAAACAUCAAAUCUUGUCCAUGGAAACCUGAAAUCCUCCAAUGUGCUCCUUGGAGCUGAUUUCGAGGCCUGCAUCACAGACUACUGCCUAGCCAGGCUUGCAGACACUUCUUCUAGCGAAGAUCCUGAUUCUGCUGCAUGUAAAGCACCCGAGACUCGCAAGUCUAUCCGUCAGGCCACUACCAAGUCUGAUGUCUACGCAUUUGGUGUCCUAUUACUGGAACUUUUGACUGGUAAACAUCCAUCACAGCAUCCAUACCUUGCACCCGCUGAUAUGUUAGACUGGGUCAGAACAGUGAGAGAUGAUGAUAGCGGGGAUGCCAACCAGCUUGGAAUGCUCACCGAAGUUGCCAGUGUUUGUAGCUUGACAUCACCGGAACAGAGGCCGGCAAUGUGGCAAGUGUUAAAGAUGAUACAAGAGAUAAAGGACAGUGUCAUGGUGGAUGAUAGUGCAGCUGUUGGAUAA